GCUGCCGCUGCCAACAGGUCUUUCGGCAUCGGCCGUUGUCAUAUUGUUGCUUAAUGUUGGGAGUGCAGCAGUUUUUAGAAAUACAAACGAUUGUUAUCGAUAGCUGAAAAAAGAUGUGCGGCCACACUAACGAUAAUUUGCCGUUCACCCAAACAAAGAAAUCGGAGCAGCUGAAAUUGCAGCAACAAAAACCACAACAAAACAAAACAAUUGCAAAAAAUUUAACCCAAUGGAAAGUGAUGGAGCGCAAAAAAAUGCAAAUGCUGUUGUUGCAGUUAGCGGCGUAGCACCCACCCCGCACACUUUCCCAUCCAAUAAAUGGGUAAAAUUAAAUGUGGGUGGAAAAAUUUAUACAACAACAAUUGAUACGCUCGUUGGCCGUGAACCGGACUCAAUGCUAGCGAGAAUGUUUCUACAGGAUGGUGGCAUGAUGCCCAGUGAAAGGGACGAGCAGGGCGCGUACUUGAUCGAUCGAAGUGCUCGCUAUUUCGAGCCGAUCAUUAAUUAUUUGCGUCACGGCGAAUUUGUGUGCGACAAUCACAUCAGUUUAAAAGGCGUUUUGGAGGAGGCGCGUUUCUUUGGCAUUUACUCGUUGGUCACACACUUGGAGGAGCGACUGGGCGAGCAGGAGCAGCUCGACGAUAGACCACUGACGCGCAUGGACGUCAUAAAAGCCAUCAUACAGACAUCUGCGAUUACGGAACUGCGUUUCCAGGGUGUCAAUCUAGCCGGAGCCGAUCUGCGCAAAUUGGACUUCCGAAACAUUAAUUUUAAGUAUGCAAACAUGUCGCGCUGCAAUUUAUCGCACACAAAUCUAAACUACUGCUGCCUGGAGCGUGCGGAUCUUCAGUAUGCGAAUCUGGAAUGCGCUCAGUUAGUUUCAGUGCGUGGACUUUGUGCCAACAUGGAGGGCGCCAAUUUACGGGGCUGCAAUUUUGAGGAUCCAACAGGUGUGCGCACCAAUUUGGAGGGUGUGAAUCUGAAGGGUGCCUGCCUGGAGAGCAGUAAUAUGGCCGGUGUCAAUUUGCGCGUAGCAAAUCUUAAAAAUGCAAAUAUGAAAAAUUGUAAUUUACGCGCCGCUGUGCUGGCCGGUGCCGAUCUGGAACGUUGCAAUCUAUCAGGCAGCGAUUUACAGGAGGCCAAUUUGCGAGGUGCUAACCUUAAGGAUGCUGAACUGACGCUGAUGGUUACGCCUCUACAUAUGUCGCAGGCCAUUCGAUGAUCUGAACAUACCUUUACAAACUAAAGGGACAUCACCAUGUGCAAUUAUUAAAAUUAUAUUUUCGGUUCUAGUAUGUAAUGUUUGGGAAAAAUGCAGUCUUAAUAUAAUUUUUGUAAAUACCCAAUUUGGACUAGACGUAGACGGUUGAAUAUAACAGUAUUAAAUACAACUGGAAACA